AUGCCCGGCGCGGUAGCCGGACCACCACCUCCUCCCGCGGGCGUGCUCCCUGGAGCCGCUCCCUAUGAAGGCGCGAGUGCUAGCCAUACGCUUCCUCGUGGCGCUGGCACCGCGCCUCCUGCGUCGCCACCAAGUCAGCCAGGAGUGCCUCCUGCUCCUCUGCCACCACGUCACCCAAGUGUACCUGCCGUUCCUUCACCAGCAGGUCAACCAGGUGCACCGAGGAUGGCCGAGAUCGGACCCGAACUUCGGAAGCUGCUCGACAUGGAAAGCCAGAUAGAUCAAAUAAGCGAGCAGAUUGAGCAAAUAACCAGCUUUAUCGCGGGACCGGAUUCCGCCGGAGGGUAUGGCGGCACCGCCACGGGCUUCGGGGGCCCACCGUCAAUGAUGACGGCGUUUGGUUUCGACAUGCCGAUGCCAGGCGCCUACGGCGGAUUCGGGAUGCCACCAAGCGUGGCGCCAAUGUCUGGCAUGGCCAGCGCUUUUAACGCGGAACGUUUUUCGGAGACGUACGGAAGGCCUGAUACGGAGCCCCGAAUGUCCGGUUCCACCAGCUGGCCGAGAGCCGGUCCGAGGGAACACGGAAGGCCAACAAUGUCGAGGGAGAACGCCAGGCCUCCGCGGGAAGACAACUUCGAGUACGACCAGGACAACGAGCAGAGGCGGUUUCCGAGCAUGCCAAGCAAUCCGGGACAUCAACCACUGCGGCAAAGUCAACCCCAAGAGGAAGCGUUCGGCUCAAACAUGUGGGCAGCGUUCUUUAGAAAAUGA